CCAUCAUCCAAGAUAUUAUCUCCUUGCCCGUUAACCCACGCCUAUGGAGAUUCCACCCCUAGAGUUCCUUCUGAUAGAGACCCAGUGCCUUUAAAUAUUUUCAGAAUCGGACUAACAUAAAAACUGUUUUCGAAUUUUCGAACGUUUAAAACAUUACCACUGUCAAUCGGCCGUCAGUAAUUUCUGAACGCAACUGUCAAUGUCAAAAAUAACAUAACCUAAAAAGUGAUAUUUAUUUUUAGUAAAGUUGAGUACAAUUUGUUAGCAGUGAUUUAUUAUUGUACUUCACAUAAAAAUGAAUAGUUCUGUAAUAAAAAUUGCACAGCCACUUCUAAGUGCUAAAGGACAGUUAGCAUCAUGGUCUGCAGUGUCUUCUCAAAUCCAUACGUCGGCUGCUCUAUGCCGAGUGGUUUCUGGCAAAUACCGCAUUACGAAGAAGCGCGAUCGACCUCUGACUUAUGAAAUGGCCAACCCACCUCAUUACAUCGCUCACAGAAAAACCUGGAACUCUUGGAACACAUCAAACCUUAAGGAUGGCCUCCGUCGAUCUGAGACAGCUGUGGAGGAUGAGUUCAUCCGCAGAUUCAUGACUGGUACAUGGCACGGACUCAUGUGUAGUGAGGUAAUAAUAAAACGCCAGUUCAACCACAUCAGAGUAGCAGCCAUUGUGAGGAGGGUAGUGUCCCCCACCAAAAUGUACUUCCUUCUGGGCUACACCGAGGAACUCCUGGCCAACUGGCUGCAAUGCCCAGUCACCCUGGAGUUGCAGACUGUAGACAGCUUCCAAGAUGUUGUGUUCAAAUAUAUCUAAUUUAGUAAUAGAUUGUAGAGUUUAGGAUUGUUUAGAAUAAAUU